UUCAUCAAGUGGAAACUAAAUACUGAGUAGAGCAAUAACUUUCGUUUUUCCUUUGUUGGUCGAAUUUCUUACAUGUCUUUCCAAAGUCCAAAGUUCACACUUCCCGAACUGAAGUAAAUUAGCACAACUAUAAUCGCCACGUUGUUUGCAUUAUCUACUUACAAGUUUUACUUUUGAACUGAUAUUAAUAUAUCCACAAAAUUAUCACUUAUCGGAGAUUUAAUGAAGUCGGCUUUAUUUGUGACUUACAAAGAUAAAGACAAGUCAUUUGUGUUAGUGAGGACUAUUGUGUUGUGUUGCAGUGGAUUGAUCUUCAACACGGAAGAAAAUAAAUCGACAUGGCAUCUAAAUUUGGCUCAAUACAGGGCGCCGUUUGUGAAGAAACCGACUGUGAAACGAUUGCUGAUGUGAGUUUUUAUGUGAAGGAAGAAAAGAAGAAACAACUGUGUCAUUCGUGCGCCUUGAAAAAAGAAUGCCUCGGAAUACCCAGAAAAGGCGGGCUUCGUCUGUAUUGCGAGAAACAUGAUAAAAUCAUGGAGCUAUAUUGCAAGACUCAUGGUAAAGCUUUGUGCGUUCCGUGCGCUGUGAUUGACCAUCAUGAAAAACCUUGCAUCCGUCAGGAUAUAGAGGACGCCCUCCUGGAAAUCAGAGCAAAUCUCGGCAUCCUCCAGAAAACGGCGACCAACAAAUUAGAGCUAUCUGGAGUCUACGGGGGUGAGAUCCUUCAAAGUAGACAAGUCGCUGACGAACAUUUGCAAACUAUUCAGAGUGUCGUCGAUUCCAAAAUUGAAGUGGCUAUUGAAAGUGACAGAACAAAGGAAAAGGAAGACGCUGGCAAAAUCGACCAGGAGAUCGACGCGAGAAACCAACAGUUACGCAAGAAGAUUCAAGAGAUCGAGGAUAAAAUUCAAAAGAACAAUGAGGAGAGAGAAAAGCUACAUGAAGAAAAUCGUUUGAUUGCAGAGAAAAGACGACAACCGAUUUAUGACAAACAACGCGUUCUUCAUGCCGAUAUUCAGAACAUCGCUCAGAGGAUCAAGAAAAAGAUUGGAGAGCUAGAUAAAUCAUGGCAAGACGACAAAAUUUCAACAGAGAAAGCAAAAGAGACACUGGACAGAGUUCUUGAAGACGAUAAAAAUGUUAUCAUAGAUGGACAUCGUGUGCAUGCAUCAGUGAGUGAGGAACUAGAGAAGCGAAUGAAUGAGGGUGAGUUGAAAGAAAUGAAUCGUGUUGUAUCGGGUGUAAGGUUUGUGAAGGGUACCGGGAGAGGGCGGUAUGAUGGAAGAAUUGAUGGAUAUGAUGGUGAAUGGAAGCUCAUGGAUACCCGAAAUAUCACAGAUGACAUCACAUUCCCGCGCAUUGUAGGAUGUAUAGAUGAAUAUACGGUGAUAAUUAAUGGAAUGGCUAGUGAAGUGCAUACCUACGUGUUAGAUUUGCACAGUAAAAACAUUCAAAGAGUCAUAAGAGGCAGUGAUACAUCCUGGGUUAACUCAUGUGCAGCGCUGGAUGAUGACAAGAUAGUAUGUGGUAGAUACAUCGAAGGCUGUGCAGGCGACAGUUUGCACGGGUGCAUCAGUGUGUACGACAGACAGUGGAAUCACAUCAAUGACGUCACAAUACCAAGAAACACGACCCGGAACGAUACAUGGGUGGAUAUUGCAGCUGAUCGGGAUCAUGGGGUGGUCAUCGCUGUUGAGAGGGGUCAGUCUAAGAUAUACGUGAUCAACCCAGAUGGCGGUGACAUUACCAACACAAUCACGUGUAAAGAAAAGAUAAUAAUGAACGAUGUGCUACCAUCAGGUCAAAUCAUCGCCCAACCUUGGCUAAGAGAUCGCAGAGUGCUCAUCAUAGACAGAAAUGGUGGUCAAGAGGAAAUCUACCACAGUGAUGUCAUCUUGAAUGUGUGCGUUGAUCGUAUAACAGACGCCCUCUACGUCGUGACUUCGGAUGACGAGAGAAACAGGUCGUGCGUGGUUGAUCAGGUAGUGAGUACUGGUGAAAAGAAGAAGAGAAGAGUAACACUAUUCCCUAUAUCAGCUAGAACACUGAAUAGAUUCAACCACCUUCUAGCAUCUCGAGUGACGAUGACGUCAUCGGGGAAUAUGAUAUCAUGCGAUGGAGAUAAUAUUCUCAUAUUCAACAAGCUAUUUACCCUCUAAAUCCAUGACAGAUGAAUUUUGAUAAACUGCAAAAACGCCGGUGUUAAUUUAACACCAGCCUGCAUCGAUACACACCAGAGAAGUGUUGAAACGACACCCGUUUGGCGUUAGACUAACACCAAUUUAGCAUUUAAGCAUCAACAAUUAUAGUGUUAAACCAAUAUCGGUUUAAUUCUUAACUGGUGUGGACCGAUAUAGUAUACGAGGCUGGUGUUAAAUU